AUGUCUUUCCUUCGUUUAGCUUCGCGCCGCCUGCCUCGUGCUGGCAGGCUGGUCCCUUCGAUUGAGUCAUCGGUCCAGCGCCGACUUGCGACGACCUCGAAUGUCCCCCAGGAUGUGAAGGAACAGGUCCAGAAAGAGGCAUCUGUGCCGAACCCGGACCCAGCACCAGACUCACUCACCGCGUCUUUCAUUAAAGAGCGAGCUCCGUUCAUGGUGCCGACCUACGUUCGCCCAGGCCCGAUGAUGAUGAAGGGCCAAGGAUGCUACCUAUGGGACAUGGAGAACCGACGAUACUUAGAUCUGACUGCCGGAAUUGCUGUUAACUCUCUUGGUCACUGCGAUCCGGAAAUCGCUCAGAUUAUCUCCGAGCAGGCUGAAACUCUCGUCCAUGCCUCGAACCUCUACCACAACCCUUGGACCGGUGCUUUGAGUCAAUUGCUAAUUGAAUUGACCAAGAAAUCUGGUGCGAUGCGUGAUGCCUCCCAGGUUUUCAUUUCCAACUCUGGUACCGAGGCCAACGAGGCUGCCAUCAAAUUCGCUCGCAAGGUUGGCCGUUCUCUCGAUCCAUCUGGCGCCAAGCACGAGUUCGUCUCGUUCCACAACUCUUUCCACGGCCGGACGAUGGGUGCUCUGUCUGCUACUCCCAACCCCAAGUACCAAACACCUUUCUCUCCCAUGAUCCCUGGUUUCAAGUACGGCAACUACAAUGACAUUGAGCAGCUGCAGACCUUGGUUACUGAGAACACUUGUGGUGUGAUUGUGGAACCCAUCCAGGGCGAGGGUGGUGUGAACGUUGCUACCCCAGAGUUCCUGGUCGCACUCCGCAAGCGCUGUGACGAAGUUGGCGCAAUCCUGAUCUUCGAUGAGAUUCAGUGCGGUCUGUCUCGUACCGGAAGUCUGUGGGCGCACGCUCACCCUUCCCUUGUCCCGGCCGAGGGCCAGGCUGCACACCCUGAUAUUCUGACUUCCGCAAAGGCCCUCGGCAACGGUAUCCCCAUUGGCGCUACCAUUGUCUCCGGCAAGACUGUUGGUGAGCACAUCAAAACUGGUGACCACGGCACUACCUUCGGUGGAAACCCGCUUGCCUGCCGUGUUGCCCACCACAUUGUGGAGCGUCUUGCCGAUCCUGAGCUCCAGAGUGCUGUGCAGGAGAAGUCGGAUCAGUUCUUGGCCGGUUUCAAGGCUCUCAAGGAGAAGUAUCCUAACCUCAUUUCUGAGGUUCGCGGCCGAGGCCUUAUCUUGGGUCUUCAGCUAUCCUCUGAGAUCGCUCCUAAGGCAGGUGAUAUUAUCACGGCCGCGCGCGAACGUGGCAUGCUGAUUAUCACUGCUGGAGAAGGUUGUCUUCGAUUUGUCCCCGCCCUCACCAUCACUGAGAGCCAGAUCAAGACCGCUCUGAAUAUCCUAGAGCAGGCCUUAGAUUCCGUUGCGGCCCAAUCAUGA